AGUCGGCACUAUAAGGUUUAACUCAGUUUCGUUUUGGCCUAUCUUAAUCAGAGGACGUUUGUGAUAUUCGCAGAACAUAGGUCAUUUUAUAGAAUACCAGACAUGAUUUGACAAAGGACAUGGCUGUAACUUUUACUAUCAUAUUUGAGUUUGCCAUUGUGUGUUAUGGAUGUAUCCUAUGUGGUGGAUUCCCACUAGGGCAUGUAGCCAGUCCCGAUAUGCCGUCAGAAUUCACUUCCACAGGGGUACAUGUAAACAUAACGGAUCUGCAGAUUCCCUUGACAUAUUGUGCCCAGCAAUACCCCGACAACACGUCCCCUGCCUCUUUCGAUGUUCAUCAUCAAGCACAUGAGCAAGGGAUAUCCCCCCAGAAUAAUUGGAUAAUUUUGGGGAUCGUUUUUGGCGUGUACAUCCUGAUCCUGAUCUUUCUAGCCUGUUUAAGGAAGUGUUUACUACAGAGUUCACACAAAAGACAAGCAAAACGUGUAUGGAUAAACGUGUUUCGGAUAAUAAGAACGAUUUGGCGCUUGAUCUGGGACUUUCUACGAAAAUUUUGCUGUUGCAUGUCUCCGGAGCAGCGACAGGUAUCGGGUAUACCUAAUAUCGGAAACACCUGCUACAUGAAUGCAGUUCUACAGGUACUUUGCUGGACACCAAACUUUAAAGAGCAAUUGCGAAAAGCCACCGAGGUGAUAGACCUUCCAAAUCCACAGGGACUUGAUAAAGACUCAGCGACUGAUGAAAGAAGUGUGACCUCACCAAGGAUAGACAAAUCUUUGCUGAAACUGGUGGACAGUGUGCGGGCUGGCAAAACAGUGAGGAAGUCAUUGCCCAAUGCCAUCCUUGAUGAUGUUCGCCAACUAAAUGAUCGGAUUGAGGGUCACAACCAGCAGGACAGCUAUGAAUUAUUCAAUACCAUUAUAGCUGGAUUGGAAGAUUUAAUUGAGGAACGGUGCAAUUGUGACAAUCAAACAGAGCAAUUGAUGAAUAAGUCCCCGGUAUCCCGACUGUUCAGUGGCGCGUUCUUCACCGCCUUCACGUACGAAUCGUGCAAUCAUAUUGAGACAAAAUUCCAGAGAUUUACCUCUAUCCCUGUGCAGAUCAUACCAAAGACCAAUCUGUUGUCCAAUAACAGCAGUGUAAAAGAAUCCUCCGUACCUUCAAAUAGCCAGGAAGCCGAGAAAGGAGACACAGAUCGUCAAUACCAAGACAAUCACAGCGAUGCAUACAAUAACUGUUCUGAUACAGAAUACACAUCUUUAAGUGAUCACAGGUCGGCGUCAAAACAUGCGACAGACCUGCUACAUCAUCAAUACGUACGUUGUCUCCGCACUUUGGAAAACAAUAGUUGGGGUCACACGGACUUAGGGAUGGACUAAAACUAUUUACUGAGGUUCAGAAAAGUUCUGGUACAGACUUUUGCAGAACCUGUGCGAAGACUGGAAAUAGAGAUUCAAACACGGUAACCAGAAGUAGGCGGAUGUUCAUCUCGUUACCCCCCAUACUGGUGCUUCAAUUCAACAGGUUUAAAAUGAACGAGUAUGGACAACUUAGAAAAAUCGACGAACGUUUGACUUACCCAGAAUAUCUCGACGUAGCACCAUUUUGUUCUUCUGCAUUUGAGGUACUUGAUGACCACCAGACAACAAUGUACCGUCUAUAUGGUGUGGUAUGUCACAUAGGAUCAAUAAAGGGAGGUCACUACACAUCUCGUGUGCGGACCCCUGUACAUGUACAACAUGAAGAGGAUUUGAAGGAGCGGUUCCUUACACAUGAUUGGCAAGAUCCUGAAAAGUAUGUUGAGAACAUUUUGUCUUUCUGGGAAGAAAAACAAUGUGAAAAAAAACACAACGGUCAACACAGAUGUGGAAAAAAUGAGACAAGUCUAGAAAAGGCCCAAUCGGACAUCUGGUACACAAUCAGUGAUACAAACGUUCGUAAGUAUCCACACGACGGUCACACUGCCCUUAAGGAAUCUGACGCGUACAUAUUGGUGUAUGAACGAGUGUGAAGCCAUUUCGUAUAGGAAAGAUGUAUGUUAUGUUCUUAAAGGAGUUCGGAUCUAAAUAAGAAACAAGUAAUUUCAAACUUGAGAUAAUGAAGUGAGACUAAAUAUGUCCUUUGAUAUGGAUUACAGUUAUGUUACUGUUGCCAUCUGGAUUAUAUGUAUGAUUUAUAUUCGUGUCUUAUUGAAAUGUUAUUUCUUAUUAAUUUUAGAUUUUUACCUUUUUUAUAACAUCUGACUGUUACGUUUGAAAGAAUAUAUUAUCGUUUGGAAAAGGUGGUUUUAAAUAUAACCGUCAACAAAAUAUACGUUAUUUUGAGGAGACGCGGAACAUUUAGUGCUAACAAUAGUGGUCGGCUAGUAUGACGAACUACUUUAACAGGUCUGUAGGUCACUACUGCUAUCCUGUUUUAUGUCAGUGAUGGAUACUCCUGUGUCUUUUCUAAACUUUUAUGUGAUAUUUUAAUAAAUAAAGCAAGAAAUGUAGUUG